AUGGAAGUUAAGUUAGAGGAAGACAUAGACGAUGGAUCAGAGGUGGAUAUGAGUAGUGCAAUAGAUGAUUUAUGGAAAAGGUUUAGGUCACUAGAUGUUGUUUGGAAUAGGGCAUUAAAAAGUAAGGUUUUUGAACUUGUCUUCCCCACAACGACUUCUUUGUGUCCACCAUCUGAGAAAAUAAAACCCAAAGGGGGAGUCAAGAAGAAAGGCAAAAAAUCAGUAGGGUCAUAUAUUGAUGAUGUAGUUAAUGUUGUAUCAGAUGGUAAUUGUGGAUUUAGAGUCAUUGCUUCAUUUCAUGGAUAUGGUGAAGAUGGUUGGCCAAUGGUUUGUCGAGACUUGGGGUUGGAAAUAAUACAUAAUGAAAAAUCAAGUUUGUAUGCCAAUUUAUUUGUUGAUCGGUUAGUAGAAGUGAGAGAAUCUUUGAUGAUAGAGGCAUUUUAUACCUCAACCACCACAUAA